UCCCGGGCGCCACGCUUGCCAGCUGCGCUCCUAACGUCCUGGCCGGCGCCUGGCCAUGAGUGCCUCUCCGACGCUGCCCGGCUGGGGCGAGGACGGGCUGGAGACCUCCUGGCCCCCAGAGGACAACGCCAGCCGCGGUCCGGAAGAGGGGGAGCUGGCGACUGGGACCGGCGACGCGAGGGCAGCGGGUAUGGUCACCAUUCAGUGCAUCUACGCGCUGGUGUGCCUGCUGGGACUGGUGGGCAAUGCCUUGGUCAUCUUUGUGAUCCUCCGCUACGCCAAGAUGAAGACGGCCACCAACAUCUACCUGCUCAACCUGGCCAUCGCGGACGAGCUCUUCAUGCUGAGCGUGCCCUUCGUGGCAUCGUCUGCCGCCUUGCGCCACUGGCCCUUUGGCUCGGUGCUGUGCCGCGCGGUGCUCGGCGUGGACGGCCUCAACAUGUUCACCAGUGUCUUCUGCCUGACCGUGCUCAGUGUGGACCGCUAUGUCGCCGUGGUGCACCCUCUGCGCGCCGCCACCUACCGGCGACCCAGUGUGGCCAAGUUAAUCAACGUGGGCGUUUGGCUGGCGUCCUUGCUGGUCACGCUGCCCAUCGCCAUCUUCGCGGACACCAGGCCUGCUCGGGGUGGCCAAGCUGUGGUCUGCAAUCUGCACUGGCCACACCCGGCCUGGUCAGCCGUCUUCGUGGUCUACACUUUCCUGCUGGGCUUCCUGCUGCCCGUUCUGGCCAUUGGCCUGUGCUACUUGCUCAUCGUGGGCAAGAUGCGGGCCGUGGCACUGCGGGCAGGCUGGCAGCAGAGGAGGCGAUCAGAGAAGAAGAUCACUCGCCUGGUCCUGAUGGUAGUGGCUGUCUUUGUGCUGUGCUGGAUGCCUUUCUAUGUGGUGCAGUUGUUGAACCUGUUUGUGACCAGCCUUGAUGCCACGGUCAACCACGUGUCCCUGAUCCUCAGCUAUGCCAACAGCUGCGCCAACCCCAUCCUUUACGGCUUUCUUUCUGACAAUUUCCGUCGUUCCUUCCAGCGGGUUCUGUGCCUGCGCUGCUGUCUCCUGGAUGCUGCAGGUGGCGCAGAGGAAGAGCCCCUGGACUACUAUGCCACUGCUCUCAAAGGCAGAGCUGGGGCAGGGUGCAUAUGCCCCCGAAUCCCCUGUCAGCAGGAGCCUGUACCGCCCGAGCCCAGCCGCAAGCAGGUUCCCUUCACCGGCACCACGACCUUCUGAAGAGCCCUUUCUACCCCUCUGGAUCAUUGCCGGCGGUGAGGAGGUCUAUACACACUUCCGGCCCAGCAGGCCACCCCUUCAGGAUGCCCACCUAAGAACUCCCAGGUGUUCCCACCACAGCCACCUCCCGCUACUGGCUCAGCAGGGUCAGAGCUCCUCUGCCGGCUCCUGUCCCCAGUGCUCUGGCUUUCCGAAGCUGCCUCGCAGGCAGAGAAGAAGAGGAAGACAUGGAGGAAGAGAGAGAGUUGGAGGAGGAGGUGGAGGAGGAAAAAGAGAAAGAAGA